AUGACUACGGGUGCGCUGCUAGCCUCGCUUUUGAUGGCGACAGCGCUGGUGCUCCUGUCUAGACACACGUUCACGAAGGAUCGUUUUUCCACGCUGGUCGUUCCGUCAAAGCAGUUGCAGGACUUCAACCAAGACAUGACCUGCACACCAAAGUGCCCAGCCGCGCGCCGACUCGCAGAGGAGCCUGACGAUGGCCUCACGAGCCUAGAGCAGUGCUUGGAGCGCUGCCCCUCGGUUGGGUUCAUGGCAGCCAUGGAGUUCGGCGACUGCAGGGCCAGCUGCGAAAGAAAGCAUCCCACAGCAGGAAAGAAGGCUCCCGCCUCGGAGCCACCUUUCGAAGGAUGCAAGCGCACAUGCCGCCAGCACAAGGGGAACUUUUGGCACUUCUUGUACUCCAAUUGUGCCAAAACCUGUGCAGCAAAGACGGCGCUCACUCAGGUAGAGUAUAUGCAGAAGUACAACAUCUCUUUCGGGAAAGAAGGCGAAGAAGAUCUGCAGGCGGAGGUCACUGCGCUGCUGAGGACGAGGUUCAAGUUCAAGAAGCGCUCCAGCAAUCAUCCCUUCAGCUUCAUUUUGGAGACGUACCAGGACAAAGUUGCAGAGGCUUUAGCCAAGGUGUUAGCAAUCCCGGAGAAAGCUCCGCCGCCCAGAGUGGUCAUCAGGCAGUACCGACCUGGCAUCCACCACGUGGUACCAAACGUUCUCAUCAAGGAUCCCGGGAACGACGUCGAAGCCGUCGUGGACAUCAAGGGCCUGUCGAUCGCUGACGUGAAGAAGUUGGGUGACAACGCCACGCUGGAACAGAUCGACAAGGAGUUGAAGAUGUCGCUGGUCAGGGACGUGACAACCGUCGGACUUGCGGAAGUGUCGCCAACGGAAGCCCUGGAAAGCACCUCCUCUUCAAUCCAGGGAGACUUCAUGUCUCUGGGCUGGCACACGGUGUGUCGACUCAACGAGGCUGAUACGACCUUCGAUGGCCAAGGGAAGGUGAGAGUGGUGCAUGGGCAAUCCUUGCGACAAUGCUCGAUACGCUGGACAGCAGCACUUGUUCUGAUCUGGCUGUGCCUGGCCGAGGAAGAGCACGGGAAUUGUGCAGAAGAGGUUGAACGAGAGGAGGAGUCGGAGACGGAGUCCCUUCGUGUCCAGCUGCUGCAACAACGCGAGUUUCGGCUGCAGCGAGGACCUCUCACAACGGCAGAGGUCCCUGCGAAGCAGCAGUUCAGCUUGCCCGUGGCAAAAGCUUUCGCAACCGUCAGCCAAGCAGCGUUUUGCGGGGCUGAUGAAGAGCUACGCAAUUGGACUUGCAAGGCCUGCCGUGAUGUGGGUUUUUCAUUAACCUUGGGCACUCGGCGGCUGGUGCGGCAGGCAGAAUUGGGCGAGGCUGAUUCCACCUUCGUGUUUGUGUCGCGUGCGGAAUGGAUGCCGGAGAAGCCCGAAGCAGAGUGGCUGUGGCCACCUGCGAGGGCCAAGGAACCUCUGAAGCACGGCGGCCAGGAUUGUUAUACUCAUUGUGGUCAGCUUGGUGGCUUCUGUGCCUGGUGCGGCGUGGGAAAUGCAUGCUGCAGGAAAGAUGAGGCCGGAGACCCAGCAGAAUGCGCCAACGCGACCGGGUUCAUCGGUUCUGAGUACCACGAGUGUGUGGCUGUGGCAGAACCGGUCACAAGGAAGCCGGUCCUGCAUGUGGGUGAGGAUUGUUGGCUGUACUGCGGCAAGGCUGGCGGUUUCUGCGACUGGUGUGGUGCGGGAAAUGCUUGCUGCAGGAGUGGCUAUGACAAGGAUCCGCUGGAAUGCCGUGGAGCUGCAGCAAAUUCUUCCCAUCAUGUAUGCACCGCACCAGCGCGCAAUGUGCCGCAGCCAACCACUAAACGCGAGUUCGGCUGCAUCCUGGCCAUCAGAGGCUCCAAGACGUUUACGAACGCCUUGCACGAUGCCUUCUUUUGGAGUGACGAGCUCCCAGUGCAGGAGUGCGAUGGCUGUCAAGUCUUCGAUGGCUUCUGGCGGGUGUGGUCCGGCGUAGAGGCAAAGCUUGGGCGAGUCCUCAUUGACAACGGCUGCAUUCCAGGCACUGAGCAUGGCACCAUCCUCCUCACGGGACAUUCGUUGGGCGCUGCCGUGGCAACCAUUGGUAUGUACAUGCUGCAACUUCGAGGCUACAGCGUGGGUUUGUCCUACAAUUUCGAGUCGCCCCGGGUUGGCAACGAAGCUUUUCACGAUGCAUUUGACGUGAUGUUCGGCCGGAAAGUGGAUUUGUGGCGAAUCACGCGGUCACGGGACCCGGUGCCUCACGUUCCACCGCUUCCAAUCUAUCACCAUGUUGGAUCCGAAGCCUACUUUCCAAAGGAUGCCAAGGAGCCUGUGGUGUGCCUGGAAUCAGAGGACUCCAAAUGCGCAGAUAGAUAUUCCCUCCUGGAAACACUGAUCUUCGGUUGGGACCACUGCAAGUCUGAAAUUGCUGCUCCCGGCCGCGGCUUUGGCGAAGGAGAUUUGGACGAUGCCCAUCUGCGGUCACAGCCAGGUGCGGCCCAUAUUCAGAACGGCACAUUACGCCAGGCCAACGUUCCCGGUUCGCCCUUCGUGGAUUUCCGCGAUGUGGUUAGCAAAACUGGAGAUGAGCUUUUUGCAGUUCAAGCAGGCUUGUUCGGAACCGUGUCACCUGCCGGCGAGAAAUUCGCGAGCAUCUGCAUGGCAGCCGACAAGGGCAUGGCGGACCAAUGCAUAGCAGAGCAGUUGGGCAACAUCCGGUGCGCGCAGAUCAGGGCUAGAAGGCAGGAAGCAACACUUUCCAGCUCGUUAUGCACCUUGUCCUGCAUAGUCAUCGACAUGCAUGUUGAGGAGUCGUAUUGCUGCCGGCAGGUGAACAUGGCAAAGAUGCAUCGAUCACCCUUGGCGGUGUUGCUGCUGGCAGCCGCAUGCUAUGUCCUGAGCCUCGCGCCGGGCUUCGUCGCGCCGACGGAGGUCACCCGUGCCGGUGCCGAAGCAGUGGUGGGAGCUGCAGCCACAGGCUUGGCACCGCUCAAUGAGGCAAGCUCUAUGCUCACCGCCGACCUGUCGCCGUUGGAGAACCCGAACAUCACCUUCGUGGUGCUGCUGUCCAUGUUCUCCAUGUCGAUUGCCCUGGUGGUGAACAUGGCAAAGAUGCAUCGAUCACCCUUGGCGCUGUUGCUGCUGGCAGCCGCAUGCUAUGUCCUGAGCCUCGCGCCGGGCUUCGUCGCGCCGACGGAGGUCACCCGUGCCGGUGCCGAAGCAGUGGUGGGAGCUGCAGCCACAGGCUUGGCACCGCUCAAUGAGGCAAGCUCUAUGCUCACCGCCGACCUGUCGCCGUUGGAGAACCCGAACAUCACCUUCGUGGUGCUGCUGUCCAUGUUCUCUAUGUCGAUUGCCCUGGUGGUGUGGGGACGAAACGGCUUCUGA